CUAUUACAUGUUGUUCUUCACAUGAGACACAGCUUGAAAUAUUGUGAUAAAAUGAGAUGCUUGCGGAAACGAUCAGCAGUGUCAUUCUUAGGAGUCCUUGUAAUUUGCUUGCUGUUCAUGAAUUUGUACAUUGAAGAUGGAUAUGUUUUGGAAGGGGACAAGCAAUUAAUCAGAGAAACAGCCACGCACCAGCUCAACCCAGAGCGCUAUGUUCACACUUUUAAAGAUUUGUCUAAUUUCUCAGGAUCUAUAAACAUUUCCUAUCGCUACCUAGCUGGCACGCCUUUGCCAAGGAAAAAGUAUCUUACAAUUGGGUUAUCCUCUGUGAAACGGAAGAAAGGAAACUACUUGCUUGAGACCAUCAAGUCUAUAUUUGAGCAAUCAAGUUAUGAGGAACUCAAAGAGAUUGCAGUGGUAGUGCAGCUGGCAGAUUUUGACUCAGCCUGGUGUGAAGGAAUGGUCCAGGAUAUUUCACAGAAAUUUGCACACCACAUAAUUGCGGGCAGAUUAAUAGUUAUUCACGUCCCUGAGGAGUAUUAUCCUGUACUGGAUGGCCUCAAGAGAAAUUAUAAUGACCCAGAGGACCGUGUGAAGUUUCGAUCCAAACAAAAUGUAGAUUAUGCUUUUCUUCUUAACUUUUGUGCUAAUCUUUCUGACUAUUAUGUGAUGCUAGAAGAUGACGUUCGGUGCUCAAAGAAUUUUUUGACUGCUGUUAAGAAAGUAAUUACCUCACGAGAAGGGUCUUACUGGGUGACUUUGGAAUUCUCCAAACUGGGGUACAUUGGAAAACUUUACCAUUCCCAUGACCUCCCACGCCUGGCCCAUUUUUUAUUGAUGUUCUACCAAGAAAUGCCUUGUGAUUGGCUGCUUAUCCACUUUCGUGGGCUGUUAGCUCAAAAGGAAGUGAUACGUUUUAAGCCAUCUCUGUUUCAGCACAUGGGAUACUACUCAUCUUACAAAGGAGCUGAAAACAAGCUAAAGGAUGAUGAUUUUGAAGAGGAGUCAUUUGAUAUCCCUGACAACCCACCUGCAAACUUACACACCAAUAUGAAUGUAUUUGAAAACUAUGAUGCAAGCAAGGCUUACAGCAGCAUUGAUGAAUACUUCUGGGGCAAAGCUCCUUCUACUGGAGACUUCUAUGGGAUUGUAUUUGAAAAGCCAAUUAAAAUCAGUAAAAUUAAAGUUGUCACUGGAACUGAAGACCGGCAAAAUGACAUUUUGCAUCAUGGGGCCCUGGAAGUAGGAGAAAAGAUUGUAGGGAGUAAAAAAGGGAGGCAAUGCACCACUUACUUGAGAUUAGGGGAAUUCAAAAAUGGGAAUAUUGAAAUAACAGAUGUAGAGCACAAAGUUCUGUUUGAUAUUAACUGCAUGAGAAUACUUGUUACCAAAAGUCAAAAAGAAUGGCUGAUCAUUAGGAGCAUUAGCGUCUGGACUUCUCAAACACCAAAUCAAUAA